GUUGCCAUAAACUUGGGAACAGAUGAUAAGAACUUAGUGCUACACUUUAACCCUCAAUUUGAAAUCCAUGAAGACAAGCAGAAGAUACUCGCGAACUCGAUGGAGGACAAUGCCUGGGGAGAAGAACUGAAGGAAAGCUUCUUCCCUUUCCAGGAGAGGUCAGACAUCACAGUUUGCUUCCAUUUUGAGCAAGACAAUCGAUCGCCAUACAAUUGCCUACCGGAAAUCCUUUCAUUUCCAGUCCGCUUUCCCAUAGUGGAAAUCUCAUACUUGGGCCAUGAGAGGCCUUCAGUUCAAGUCCUUCACACUAAAAUGAAAAAGCCCGCAAUAGAGGAGCCGCCUGUCCCACAUGUUCAUACCCAGGCCAUGAAAUGGCCAUAG